AAACAGGGCACCUGGUUGCAGCUCACAUUGCCUGUGUUUUUCCUGUCUCUCCAGGUCCACCUCCAUCCCACAGCCAUGUCCUGCUACGAUCUGUGCCGUCCCUGUGGCCCGACCCCCCUGGCCAACAGCUGCAACGAGUCCUGUGUGCGCCAGUGCCAGGACUCCCGUGUGGUGAUCCAGCCCUCUCCCGUGGUGGUGACCCUGCCAGGACCCAUCCUCAGCUCCUUCCCCCAGAACACCGCUGUGGGAUCCUCCACCUCCGCUGCUGUUGGCAGCAUCCUGAGUGAGGAGGGAGUGCCCAUCUCCUCUGGUGGCUUUGGCAUCUCUAGCCUGGGCAGCCGUUUCUCUAGCAGGAGGUACCUGCCCUGCUAAGGAUGAGGUGUUCAUCCCUUGAGCCCAUUGCCCAGGAUGCCCAAAGCCUGAUGCUGAACUGAGGAUCGAGCUGCUGGCAAGCAUUUCCAGAUGGGCUGAGCACCCUUCUACUCCCCUGUAAAGCAUGGAGGGAAGCCACAGUGUCAUCUUGACUGUCUGGAAAUGUUGCUACCAGAUGUCUUCUUCUUCUCCUACUUUCUGCUCAUCAUCAUGAGUACAUAUUGUUUCCUCCUGUUCUGUGACUUGGGUUCAUCCUGAAGCAAGUUGAGAUGGCCCUGCUUCUUAUCCCUCUUGUCUCCUGAGGGACAAGCACCUGAAUCCCAUUGUGGUAUUAGGGUGUCUGAGUGCUAGCUUCCAUAAUAGAAGCAUGGGCAAGGUCACUUCUAUCAUGCACUACUUUGAGUUCUUCUUUAAUCUCAAUAAAGUUUAUGCUG